AUGGCAAAUGACUUAAGCAUUAAAACAGAAGAUUUGAUAAAUGAAUAUGAUUAUUAUGAAAUGAUUAAAUCAAAACUAAAAGAAAAGACAGACUCUAUUAGUGAAAGUAUUGUUUCAUUAAGUUUACUAAAAAAUCCUAUAAGUAUAAUUGAUGCUUUAUUACAUCUUAAUGCAGAUUGUACUUCAAUAGUUAUUAUUGCAACAGUCUCUCCAUUUUUAAGGGUUUUACACCAAAAAGAAAAAGCAACUUCACUUAUAAAGGGAUUUAAUCAAGGGAAAAAUUCAGUUGAUGAGAUUCAAGAAAUUUGUAUCACAAUUACUGAAGUUAUUCAUUUACUUGGUUGUUUAGGGGAUUUAACUAUUAAACAACAAAAAGAUAUUCAAGAAACUCAAGAAGAUACAAACAAAAUUUACCAAAAUUCACUCCAAGAAUUGCAAAGAAAAAUAAAAAAGAAUGAAGACAUUACUGAAACGUUAAAACCAAUUGACAAACAAUUAUUUAUAAUGAUGGAUGUUGUUUUAAAUAUUCAAAAAGAAAUUGAAGAUGAAAUUCAAAAAUAUGUUGAAGAGAGGGUAAAAUUUAAUCAAGAAUAUGAGAAAAGAAAAAUACAAAUGGGAGUAUCACCUGAACCAAAGAAAGAUAAAAACUCAAAAUCUAAAGAAAAGUUUUCACAAUCAAUAGAAGAGAAAGAAAAACAAGAAUAUAAUCAAACAAUUCAAUUAUGUGAAAAUAUUGCUAAAACAGCUAAAAAUGAAAUUAAAGAAGAAGAAAAACAGGAAAAACAAGAAGAAAUAAGAAAAACAAAGAUAAUUAUUGUUGGAUCAUUAGCUUUAAUUAUUCUUGGAAUUGCAAUGCUUUUAGUUCAAAAUAACUAA